AUGGGUGGUAUUCCUUCACGCGACGCGCCUACUACAUUGUUUUGCCUUCGGUACGGCACCCAUGAGGUAGGACUCAUUCCCCUCGUGUACCGCUACUUUCACAGUGAUAACAAGGAGUUGCGAGAGCAGUUUGUGCGGGUGCGUAAUGAUCCGAGCAUACGCUACAGCUUCAUGCGUAGCCCCGAGUAUCGUAUGGAUGAAAUACCAAAGAAAGUGUAUACAGAGAAGACUCUGGACAAGUUCCUUGAUGUUAUCGAUGAAUCACUUUACGAUUCCACAAGUGCGAUGCUCGCAGAUGAAGACGCGCCAUUCCGGCCCGUUCCUUGCGCCGUUUGCUUCGUGUAUGUUAAUGGUCGUGAGGGAUCUGAUUGUUUUUCAUUCUAUGGCCGCCGCAUUAAUAUCAUUGGUCACUUUGGCUGUUACGAAUCCGAGGAUAGGGUUAGUGAAGGCCCAUGCCUCCACGCCCGAAAAACUAUUUUGAAGGCUGCGGGUGAUCGCACGCUGGAGCGUGUUGUUACACUGGCCGCUAUGAUGCUCAAAGGGGAAUUCUUCCGCGCCGUUCAAACGGUGUGCCCCACGCGGGACCCACUGGCAAUGUUAAAGCGCCGACUGAAUCCCUUGAUACUUGUCGCCUCUACACCAUGGAACAGUUACCCCACCUUGAAGUUUGUUUACGAUACCGCCGUUAUUGCAUGGGCGUAUGGAAAGGAAGUCGUUGAGGCGGAUCCGCCGCGCCUCUCCAUGUACGAAAUUGAACAAAGCGGUGAGGGUGGCUUAUGUAUGCGAGUCAGUGGCUCGGUGCUUUUGUGGGCUGUUAUGCGCGUGUGUGAGACACUUACGCUUUCUGCAGUGCGUGGAUCCUGGGAGCAGUACGUGCUGGAUGACUUUGAGAUGCAGCAGAAGGAAAAAAUUGUCUCCCAGUGGCUUUCCACAAGCCCACAUGUAAACAGUUUCCUCGGGUCAGAAACAUUCACCGACCUCGUACAGAAACGACUGGCUACUCUUCUGCGGGAAGUUGUGCGCGCCCGUGAGACCCCGACAGAAGACACAACGCUGUGGGGUGAAUCACAGGAGUAUAGUCAUGAUGGAAAACUCUACCGUAUCUUCAAUUCCCCAACUUGCGGCCCUUUCCUUGCAACUGUGAAGAAGAAGGUGCCUAAGCGGGGAAGCAGCGCCAACACCGGCAAUGCAAGUAUUACAAGUGCAACUGGUGGUGACUCAGCGAGUGACCGGCGCUCCAGUGGUGUUCACCUCACGGACUCACCCAGCAGUGGUGGAGAAAAUAAAUCCCGCAGCUCCGGUCAGGGGAACCCCCGAUCCAAAAACAAUGGCAACCAACCUUCUGGUUUCCCCGCACACAACAAUGCUGGUCAGCCCCCGCAGUACAAAGAUGCUGUCAAUAGUGUUCUCCAGUCGCAGUUCGCAACAGCUGCGCAGCGUGUCGUGUAUCAAAUGCCGCCUCCCGUCGGCAAAACCUCUCAGGGCCAAGUGUCCGUUUCCCCUCAGAUGUCACCGCAGUUUGUACCGAUGUUUCAAACUGCACCUCCGCCACCCAUGCAGCAAUUUAGCGUUCCAUAUGUUGUAAUGGCGCCACCCGAGUCACAGCCGCAGCCGCAGCCGCAACCUCAACCUCAACCACAACCCCAAAUGGGAAUGGUGUUCCCAAGCACUGUUGCAAAUUAUGUGCUUUUGCCAGAUGGGCGGGUCGGAAUGAUCAACGCACCAGCGCCCCCCACUAUGGGCUUCUGGGGUCAGUGA